UCUACCUGUUGGAGGAAGUGAAUCUCGUACUGUCACUCUGAUCUUUCUUCAUUCUGCACUCACUUCACUCAGAGACACCAAUGAGGAGCUUUUAAACAGUGACUACGUCCUAAAAGAGAAAGUGGACUUUGGACUAAAGGAGCUGUUACAGAGAAACAGCACAGCAGCAGUUGGAGGAAAUGGCUGCUAGAAACCCUCUUUCAGAAGAAGACUUUUCAUGUCCUGUGUGCUGUGAAAUCUUCAGGGAUCCUGUUGUUCUGUCGUGCAGCCACAGUGUGUGUAAAACCUGUCUGCAGAAGUUUUGGGAAACUAAGGGGUCUCGAGAAUGUCCAGUUUGUAGGAGAAUAUCUUCUAAAGAUCAACCUCUCAAUAAUCUUGUACUGAAGAACCUUUGUGAGUCUUUUCUAGAGAGCAGGAGUCAGAGAUCUUCAGCAGGGUCUGAGGAGCUCUGCAUUCUGCACAAUGAGAAACUCAAACUCUUCUGUCUGGAUGAUCAGCAGCCUGUGUGUGUGGUGUGUCACACUUCAAAGAAUCACAAAAAUCAUGAAUUCUGUCCAGUAGAUGAAGCUGUGACUGACCUUAAGGAUAAACUCAUGACUGCUUUGUGGCCUCUACAGAAGAAUCUGAAAGUCUUAGAGGAAGCUAAACAAGACUAUGACCAAACAGCAGCUCACAUUAAGACGCAGGCCCAGCACACAGAGAGGCAGAUAAAGGAGGAGUUUGAGAAGCUUCACCAGUUUCUAAGAGAUGAAGAAGCAGCAAGGAUAGCUGCACUGAAGGAGGAAGAGGAGCAGAAGAGUCAGAUGAUGAGGAGGAAGAUUGAGGAGAUGAAUGGAGAAAUAUCAUCUCUUUCAGACACAAUCAGACACAUAGAGAAGGAAAUGGAAGCUGAGGACAUCCUGUUCUUACAGAACUUCAAGUCUACAGAGAAACAAGCUCAGCUCAAACCAAAGGAUCCAGAGAAGACAUCAGGAGCUCUGAUCAAUGUAGUGAAACACCUUUCCAACCUGAAGUUCAGAGUGUGGGAGAACAUGCAGGAGAUUCUCCAGUACACCCCUGUUACUCUGGACCCCAACACUGCACAUCCAGACCUCCACCUGUCUGAUGAUCUCACUGCUGUAGAAGACAGAAACCUGAGAUCAUCACUUCCUGAUAAUCCAGAGAGAUUUGAUGAGUGGUGGUCUGUUCUGUGUUCUGAGGGUUUUAACUCAGGGACACACUGCUGGGACGUCCAGGUUGGAGGCAGUCAUGGGUGGGAACUGGGUGUGAUAACAGAGUCUGUAACAAGAAAAGGAAACUCUGUCUGGGAUUCAGUGUGGAGUCUAGGUUACAGUCAAAUCAAUAAAUUAUUUGAUAAAUACAGAAAAAAAAGUAAUAAAUACUGGAUUCGCUGUCCAAGAAAGUCAGCUCUCUCCCUCACACCUAAAGAGAAGCUGCAGAGGGUCAGAGUGCAGCUGGACUGGGACAGGGGGAAAGUGACCUUCACUGAUCUUCUAACAAACACACACCUGCACACUAUAACACACACUUUCACUGAGAGAGUUUUACCAUUUCUCUGUAAUCGAUCUGUUUAUCGUCUGAGGAUCUUACCAGUGAAGACGUCAGUAACAGUGGAACAGCACAGUUAAAGUUGAUGCUGCUUAGAAUGCACAUUUAUUCAGGUAGUGAGUGUCUGAAUUAUGAUCAUAAGAAUGUCAUUACAUUACUUUGGUUAAAUAUUGGGCAGAUUUUGAAAAUAUGUCCUGAUCUGAUGCCAGUCGUUUAAUGGGUGUCGCAGUAAGAGCAGAAUAAUUUGUGUGGUUUUCAUUCUCAGAGUCUUUAGUGAUAAAGUACAUGAUGUGAAUUCACACUGCUGGCGUCUCUUAAUACACAGAGAAAUAAACAACAAGAACCAAAGAAGAUGAAGCAGAAACCCAAGCAAAGCGUUUAAACACUCAGAUUCUCUCCUACAUGACGCUCAUCAAACUAAACACUAGUUCAUCAUUCCGCUGCAGACAGAUUUCCCAGCUGCUCCACCAGCUUGAAACUCUCAGCCAAUCCCAGUCAGAGUCUGUGGAAGAGAAACAGAUGGAGCCGCUCUUUAGGAUUCUACUUUAUUGAGGAAAGAGGCUGAUUUGUCCUCCUCCAGGUUUAGAUGGGAUGGUCACCACUGAACAAGCCGCGCUCUUCUUCACUCUCACUCUAUGUAGCUUUGUGUCCUUGGGUUGCCAGAUGUUCAACACUAGAAUCAAUAAAACAAUUUGAUUCUGUUCUGUGAUAUUUCAAUACUGCAGCUUUGCGCUGUGAUUGCUGAGCGCCCCCCCCUCUUUAGUUUUGGGGGGCAAUGAUAUGCAUGUAUAUUGUAAGUAAUGUGUUUGUACCAUUCCAUCCUAACAUGUCUGUGUGGAAAUAAAAUGCUGGUUUAAAGUGUCA